AUGAUCCCCUUCCAACGCACAGCAUUCGCGAUCUCUAGGACAAAGUACGCGGCCCUGGCCGCCUCCUACACCACUCGAUCCAACGGCGCCGCAUUUCUCAACAACCUCGACUUUCUCGCCCCCGCACCCACCUCACGAUCCUCGGCCCCCACUCCCUCUCAACCUACCCCAUUCCAGGAGACCAGGAAGAACACCCAGCAGCGGCAACAGCCUCUACAGACCAGUAUCAGUCGGAAAUCCGCAAAGGGCACCCUGUCUCUAGACGACAGUUUUGACGAUCUCUUCCCGGCUAACAGUGAUACCAAGAGCUUCAAAGGAUCUUUCAAGCGUUCCGACGACCGUAUUACGGCUCAACGGGACCAGAACUCGCGUCCUGCAUUGGAUAGACCUCGUCGUGACGAAGAGAUCGACUUGCAAUGGAUCCAAUAUAUCAGCCCUGAGGGCAACCAAGGCGAGAGGCGUCUCUCCUCUGUGCUGAAGACCUUUGACAGAUCUCAGUACUUCCUGGUCGAAGUCGAUCCGAAUGCCCGCCCGCCCAUUUGCAAACUGUUCAGCAAGAAGGAGCUUUACGAGAAAGCCAAGGCUGUCAAGCAAGCCAAGAAGGCGAACGAAAUUUCGACCAAGGAACUACAACUCAACUGGGGUACAGACUCUAAUGACCUCACCCAUAAGCUGUCAAAGUUCAGGGCAUUCCUCGAGAAGGGUCACCGGCUUGAGGUUCAGGUCAAUGGCAAGAAGGGCAGGAACACAACCCCGGCGGAACGUGAGGCCGUUCUGGAGCGCUUAAAAGCAGAGUUUGAGCCGGUGUCAAAGUACGUGAAGCAACCAGAAUGGAUCAAGGCCACGACGGUGACAAUGCUUCUCCAGGGUGUGUCGCCAAAGAAGGCACAGAAAGGAAAAGAGCAGCAAGCCUAA